AUGGCGCCACAUCCAUUCGAUCAAAUUUCCGACGAGGAAGUCAGAAUUACCGUUAAGCUUAUCAAAGAUGCUUAUCCAAAUGAUAAGCCUGUUUUUGCCCAAAUUGACAGGUUAGAUCCUGCAAAGAACCUGAUGGUUCCUUAUCUGGAAGCAGAAAGACAAGGUAUUGCACCUCCGCUUAUUCCAAGAAGAGCUUAUGCUUACUUCUAUAUUGACCAAGAGUUUCAUAAGGCUCUUAUCAACCUUACCUUUAAACAUAUCAUCUGCGAUGAAAGACUACCUGAAGGUGUCAUUGGCCCACUUAUUCCUGAUCAAGUUGAGGAGAUUGAACAAUUAUCUGUAAACCACCCAGUGUGUAAAGCAGAAAUUGAAAAAUUGUGUCUACCUGAUAAUAUUCAUGUUGUAUGUGAUCCUUGGAUUUAUGGUACUGAUGAUCCAAAUGAAAAGAGACUCUUGAUCCAAUGCUACAUGUAUCUAGCGAAUAAAAACCAUACUGAAUCUAAUCAUUAUUCUUUACCUCUUAAAUUUUCUCCUGUGUUUGAUGGCUUAACAAAGGAAUUUGUUAGAAUGGACUACUUACCAUCGGGUGCUGAUGAAUUUGUCAUUAACGACACUACUGUUUGGGAUGAAUUCCCAUUGGUUGAAUACCACCCAGACUUGAACGGUGUCACCAAACUAAGAGAAGUCAAACCUUUGAUCAUCUCCCAACCUGAAGGUGUUUCCUUCACUGUUGACAACCAUAAGAUUACCUGGCAGGACUGGGAGUUUUAUGUUGUUCCAAACGCAAGAGAGGGUGCUGUUAUUUAUGAUAUCCACUUCAAAGGUAGAUCCAUUAUUUACAGGCUAUCCUUGUCUGAGAUGACUGUUCCGUAUGGUGAUCCAAGAGCUCCGUUCCAUAGAAAGCAAGCUUUUGAUUUAGGUGAUUGUGGGUUCGGUGUUAAUGGUAAUGUCUUGAAUCUAGGUUGCGAGUGCUUAGGUGUUAUUAAGUACAUGGACAACAGGGCUGUUACAGCUGAUGGUGACGUCAAGAUCAUUCCAAAUACUGUAUGUUUGCACGAACAAGAUGCUGGUAUUUUGUAUAAGCACGUUAACUACAGAACUGGCAAUUCUGUUGUGGCUAGAAGACGGGAAUUUGUUGUUCAAAUUAUCGCUACUGUUGCUAAUUAUGAAUAUGCAGUCCAGUAUAUCUUUGACCAAGUUGGGGAAAUCAAAAUUUCUGUUAGAGCUACCGGUAUCUUAUCAACAAUGCCAAUUGAUAGAGAUGUGGAUGUUAACUACGGUACAUUAGUUGGACCAAGAGUCAUGGCAGCCUAUCACCAGCACCUCUUAUCUUUCAGAAUUGAUCCAGCUCUUGAUGGCCACAAUAAUACUGUUGUUUAUGAUGAUGUCCUCAAAAUGCCGGAAAAUACUAAACUGAAUCCAUACAAUGUUGGUUUCUACACUGAAAGAAAAUAUGUUGAAAAGGCGGGCCAUAUUGAUCAAUCACCAUUCACAAACAGAGCAUACAAGAUUAUCAAUGAAAACGUCAUCAAUCCAACCUCUAAGAAACCUGUUGGUUACAAAAUCGUCAUGCCUGCAAGACAAAUGAUUAUGGCUUCUCCAGAUUCCUACAACACCAAAAGGGCUAAGUUUGCAACAGAACAAAUUUGGGUCACAAAAUAUAAAGAAGAUAGAAUCUAUGCUGCUGGUGAGUUUACCAACCAAUCUCAGAAUGAUACUGGUUUAGCGGUUUGGGCUAAUGGAGAAGAUGACGUCAGAAAUACUGAUAACAUUGUAUGGUGUACUCUUGGUUUCACACAUAUUCCAAAGCCAGAAGAUUUCCCUGUCAUGCCUGUGGAAAUGCAUGAAAUUGGUAUUACUCCAUUUGGUUUCUUUGAAAAGAAUCCAGCAUUAGAUUUACCACAAGCUAAUAACGCUUUCAAUAAAUCACAACUAUAUGAGGAAAAUCGUAAAAAUGCAAAAAGCGUUUCAUCUGCAAACUGCUGCAAAAAAGCCUCACUAUAA